GUAGCGUCGCGGUACUUUAUUCUGCCCAUGUCAGCGGCGGGCGUCGGCUCGCUCAUCGGCGCUGUACGGGGCUCGCGGCUCGCUGGGUUGCGCUUUCUGGCUGAAAAUGCGCACCGGCCACCGACGACCAUUCGAGGAUGGUAUUUGUACAACAAGACGAAGAAUUACCGGCGAAUGGCGGCGGCACUCAAGACCGGAGGGGUGGACGCGCUGCGACUCGGGCUGAUAGGGCUGGUCUGGGUCGUGAUCGAG